CUGUUUUGUAAUAUUACACAUACAUUGAAAUUUAAAAAUCAUUUAUUAUUCAAUUAGUGAAAAUGGGUAAAAAGAAAAACCAGAAUCCUACAGAAGAAUCAGAUACACCUGUCAAGAAAAACAGGAUAUUUUCUGCCAAGGAAUUCAGAAAAGAACUUAACACAAAUACACUAGCAUGUUUACAACAAUUUUCCAACGCAGUAAAAGAAUCAGAAGAAUAUGAUUAUAUUUUUGAGUACCUGGAAUGUGGAGGAAGCUGUUUAGAACUUCUCCAUUCAUUAGAAGUUAAUUCUGCAAUUGCACCAGCCCUUGUGUUUGAUAUAAUAACUAAUAUACUGCUUAGAAUCAACACUUUAUAUCCACAAUACCACAGCUCAGCUUAUGAGUCAUGCAGAUACAUACUCAACAAUUAUGUAGCGGUUCUUAAUAAAAUGAUAAACUUCAGUUCAACAACACCUGAGAGAAAAUCAUGUUUGAAGCUACUAACAGCCAUGGUGGCAUUUUCUCCAGUUUUGGCUAAAGAUAUUUUAAUUCAUAUUAACUUUCAUUCUGCCAAUGUAGAACUGCUUACUAAACAUACUGGAGAAAAGGAUAGCACCAGAGAUAAUUUCAUUAAGUUUUUGACAGCUUAUCUAGUAGAUGGCCAUUAUCCAGCACUAUCAGUUUUACUUGAGAAAAAAGGUUUUUUCACCAGUAUUAUCAGUGGUUUAAAAUUUGAUUCAGCAGAUACUUUGUGUUUGGUUGUGACUGCCAUGAAAACAUUUAUUCUGGAAAAUCCAUCAGUUUCUAAAACAGCUAAGAUGAAGACAUUUAAUACUACCGUAGUUAGGGAUAUUGUUAAUUUGUACAAUUGGAAAGGACCUGGUGGGUUUAGAGCUGAGAAGAAAAAGAGUUCUACUAUUACAGUAAAUGAAGUUGAAAAGUCCAAAGUUAAUGAGAGUGUCCAUGAAUUUCUGUUGAUACUUUGUACCAACCACAAGUAUGGAAUAAUUUUUAAAGACAAUUUAGUAGGUUUAGGGAAGAAAAACCAAAAUGCUUUGAUGUACACUGUGCUAGAAAGUUUAGAUAGGCCUUGGGAACACUCAUAUGCUUCUGAACUAGUCAUAAAGAUAUGUGCAGCAUGUCCAGAUCUCGCUAAGACUCUGUGGACUAACUUAAAGCCAUUUUUGGAACCCAGAUUAUCCCAGAAGUGGGUUAAUGUCAUGAAAUUUGCUGUAAAUUUGGUUAAAGAGCUAAGACCCAAGUGUCUUGAGUACUGCAUAAAGGAUUUAAGUGAUAUACAGCUAUUCCAAGUCGUACAAUGUCUUGUUUUACCUCUACCAAUAUUAAAGACAUUACUUCCUGAAAACAACACUUACGAAAAUGCUGCUGUGAAACAAUAUGUUCUUUCUUUACUUCUGGAAAUGCUCCGAGCUUUGCAAGAAUACUCGAUAGCUUCAAAAAAGUACCUAACUUUGGAGAAACACAAUAACUUUCAGCUCUUUUUAAAUAAACAUUUGUCAAAAAAUUUUCCCAACGCUGUAAUUGUACUAAAAGAUUGGGAAAAUUUGAAUGAAAACUCACCUUUCAGCACUAUUCAACUACUGGAGAUCAUCUUCGACAUAUUCAGCCACUACAAAUCGUUAUCUCCUGAAUUGUUGGAAGCUCUCGGCAGUAGUGAUACUGAACUGUCAGAUCUGCUUGCAAAGAUAGAACAGUUGAGUGAAGCAGAAGAAUCGUUGGAGAAGCUGCAAGUGAAAAUUAUUAGUGUUUUUGUCGAUUUAAAUCAAUCCACAUUCACCGUGGGUUCAAAGAUGUUUCGUUGUACAGUACCCCUGUUGUUGAAGAUAUAUUACAAUAGCUCCGAUGCUGCUACUCAAAAUGUCUUGUUUAAGCUAUUCAGAAACACGUCAAUAUUUGAGGGAUGUUUUUAUGAAAUAAAUAUAUGGAUUAACGGAGUAUUAAACCUAAAACAUUUUGACAAAAUCGUGGCUGAGAAUGUGGUCGACAUUCUAGAAAUAACCAAUGAACAUUUAGUCAAGUUUAUCGAGGAACUAUCCUCCAUGCAAUCAGAAAAUAGUAGAGAAAAACAUUACGACGAUAUAUUCCAAAAUCUGAUGCUAAAAGUAGAAGUUUCGUCAGAAAUUCAUACAAAUUCCAUAAAACAUCGAUACUUGAGCCCCACGGUGCUUGGUUUAUUGACUUUUUUGGACAAAAAUGAACCAUCUAAAAUAUUUAAGACAUAUGUCACUUUUGUAAUGACGAAUUUGCUGCAUCAACAGACACAAAUUGGUCCAAUAGUUAGUUUUAUCAAUAAAUGCGAUGCUUUGUCGUCUUCUUUUAAAGAAUAUGCUACAAACUGGUUAGAUUGUAAGAAAAUCACGUGUUUAACUAAGGUUAAAGGACGAGUUGAAGUUAUUAAAGAGUUUAGUGAACAGUUUUUGACCGGAAACAUAGAAACAUUCAUUGAACAUGUUGAUUUUAACAUGUACAGCGACCUAAAGCUAAACUUGUUGGACGCUGGUAUUUUCUAUACAUCAAAUUUUCUAAAUAAUAACAGCUUGACAUUAGAGUUUGCUGAAAGGUUUGAAAAAUUCUCUAAAAGUAUUAUUAAGCAGAAUCUGUCAGAUCCAGAGGUGAUUCAGAGGAUUUUGUGCCAUCCGACUUUGGCAAAUUCUGUCAACUUCUUAAAUAUGGAAGGAGGACAUUCCAGCAGCUAUAUCACUAAGGUUUUGGUCAACGUUAUUACAUAUUUGAUAGACGAAAAGUGUGAAAUAGAAGAGUACUUGAAGUUUUAUAGAGAACAAUUGUCAAACUCGAUUUUGAAAGUUCUUAAGAAGCCUGGAAAGUAUGAGAAUAUGUCUUUGGAGUUAAAGAAUCUUCUUCCGAAGUUUGGAUUGGGAUGCAACGAUUGUUUUACCAUAUUAAAAACAAUAUCCAAAGGUUUUGCUACAUAUACGCAACAUAGUUUGGUGGUAGGCAUUUUGUGCUAUACUUUGAAUAGAUUCGCAGAACUGUGCACUCUAGAAUCCAUUGGUGAAACUACAGAAGAGAUUAUCCUAAAUCUAACAUCGUAUUUCACAAAUCUAGCUAAUAAUCAACAAAAUGUUGCACCUCUGUCUUUAGUAUUUUUAGAUGUUUUAAAAAAGUUUCAUCAUUUGUUAAAGAAUGUUGAUACUAAACUGUUUAAAUCAGUGCUACAAUUGGAGGAAGUACACAAAGACAAUACCAAAUUCUUGAGUUUCUUACUAGAAAAACACCCUUCAAACAUAGAACAUGUCAAGGAACACCUCAAAUCAGUGUGUGACAAAAAAGCGUUGCUUCUCCCUUUGUUAGCCGUCCUUUCUAAGCAGGAAAUAAACAAGAAACUCUUCAAAAAAGUCUACGAUCUUAUCCUGCCGUCUUUAAACAAGACCUUGCAGAAGCCUCAAAAGGUUGGCCAACACUACCACGAGCAUUAUCAGGGGCUGAUUGCUUUGAUAAAAGUAGCUAUGCCUGUUGAGAACUGUAAGCAGUUUUGGGAAAAAGUCCAGAAAUUUGACUCUACUGAAAUAUUCCACGUGCAUCUAUUGGACACUAUAGUAACAAAAGUUUUAGAAGAUUCGGUGGCUGAUAAGAUGGUAAAUAAUAUCAUAGUGACUUUUGUACACUUACAGAUAUCUUUGUUCAAGAAAAAUGUCAAAUCUGAGGCAGAAAUUGAUAAAGCAGUGGAAGUGACGAAAGUAUUUGUACAGGUACUAAAAAAAAUUAAAGAAAAAUGUACAGAUGUCGAUUUAAAGAGCACUGCAAGCAACGAAACAGUUAAAUUAUACUUUAAGUUUUGUUUAAAAUAUGGUGUCUCCAAACAGCCGGUAUUUUUGCAAGCUCUGCAGCUUUUGAUACAUCUUUUAAGUAAACAUUUGGAAGUAGAAGACGGAAGGCUUAUCUUAGACAUGUUAACGUCUCAUUCAGAGUUUUUGGAAACGGUGUUAGGGGAGUACUGUGAUACUAAAACUGAAAUAUUGUCUCUAUACUUGGAAUUGUGUAGGAAAUGGCCCGAAUUUAUGGAAAGACACUACGUACCUCUCUUGUUGGCUAGUUAUAGAGGUUUGGUCAAUAAAUGUGACAGGAUUGUGCUUUUGCUUCUUAAAAUGUACGAAUCCAAACCAGAACAAACCCAUUUUUACGACUUCAAACCUUUUCUAUGGGAUAAAGCUGCAGCCACUCACUAUUCGGUCAGACAACAGCUGGAAAAAGCUCUGUGGAGACAACCCAAAACAGGCGACGUCCUCGAUAUCUUACAGGAACAUUUGGUUUAUUCUACCAUUACGAAUUAUCCCCUAAAAUGCCCUCUAAGGUCUGAAGAUAGUGGCAUGUUAGACGUCGAGGAUACUAAAAGUUACGAUUUGACGUUUUUGUUACCUUUGUUUAGUCAACUGUUGGCUCCUGAACAACAUAUACAGACUUAUAAGUUUACUAGAUCAGGUGCUUUAAGUUUGACCAUUAUUGGCUUGAGUAGCGCUGACAUGGAAACACGGAAAGCAGCAUGUCACGUUUUAGCAAGACUUCAUUACCACGUUGAUGCCAGACAGUCUGGGAAAGACAACUUGCUGUGGCUGAGGUACAUCGAAGCAGUAUGCAAAGGAGUAGCCUUGUUACCUGACUUAAAGCUCAAUAACUUUGCCGCCAUCUAUCUAGCAAGAAUGGCACUAGUCUUGACGCAGCCCAAUCACGUGAUGUACUUGCCUCUAUCCCAACAUCUGACAGCGAAAUCUUCUCUAGACUUCAGCACAAUUCCAGAGUUGUACACCUUCCUUCACAGCUCUGACGUAAAUUAUAAAGAGCACAGGAACUUUACUUUGGAAUUGAUCAGGGAUGGACUGAGAACUGAGAAAGACUUUACCGAUUUUAUGAGGUCUAUGGCUUUUAAACUCAUUUCUGAGUUGUAUUCUAGUGUAGUAGCUGAUUAUGACACAAAAGUGUUGAUUUUGGAUGUAAUAAAAUCAAUAUGUGGAAUUUCUUUAGGGGUUAAAGUUGUUUGCGAGAAUUACUCAUUUCUAACCCAGUUUUCCAAUGACCUGAAUAAAAUACUGACAAGUACUAAAGAAAAAAUAAAUAAUUUAAUAUUUAGAAAGAAUCUAGAUAUUGUUUUAAGAAUCCUGAGGGUUGCAAAGACCGUCAUGCCCAUUUUAUGAUCUACAACGCCUUGGAAAACUUCCUAUCAAGCACAAAUAAUGCUGUUUACUGGAUUGAAGGUAGCGAAGAAGUUUUCUUUGAAAUUGUUGACGUUUUAUUCAGCAGAUAUCCUAGCAUGUUUACGAAACAGUUUUAUAAUGCGCUGGAAAAAGUUGUGGAUGAUCCUGUAUGUAAUUAUGUUAGAGCAUACAACUGUGAUUUCUUUAACAUUGAUGAAUUGAAUGUUGAAGACAAACAUUAUUUUAUAAGAAAAUUUUUUGUAAGUUUUAGAAAAUGUAAAGAGGUAUAUGAAAAUAUAGUUAACUAAUUUUUUUAUGUG